GGGCCAGGGGGCGCUGAGCCGGGCGCCCAUCCCCGUGGCUUCGGCGCGCGUGGCUGGAUGUGAGGGAGGGGGAAAGGGCUCUGCCGACCCACGCGCGGGGGGACCCGCCGGGCUCGCGUCCGUGUCCCCGCCCUGCCCCCCACCCCACGAGCGCCCGCGAUGUCCGCCGAGGUGCGACUGAAGCAGCUGGAGGCUCUGGCGCUGGACCGGAGCUUCCUGGGGCUGGACACGCUGCUGGACCUGCUGCUCUGCGUCUCCCACGAGCUGGGCGCCUCGCCCCUGGCCCACGAGAAAUACAUCGCGGAGUUCCUGCGCUGGGCCGAACCAGUGACCGCCCGGCUCAAGGAGCUGCAGCUGCAGCGAGACGACUUUGAGAUCCUGAAGGUGAUCGGGCGCGGCGCAUUCAGCGAGGUGGCGGUGGUGAAGAUGAAGAGGACGUCGCAGGUGUACGCCAUGAAGAUCAUGAACAAGUGGGACAUGCUGAAGCGGGGCGAGGUGUCCUGUUUCCGUGAGGAGCGGGACGUGCUGGUGAACGGAGACAAGCGCUGGAUCACCCAGCUGCACUUCGCCUUCCAGGACGAGAACUACCUGUACCUGGUGAUGGAGUACUACGUGGGGGGCGACCUCCUGACGCUGCUGAGCAAAUUCGGGGACCGCAUCCCCCUUGACAUGGCCCGUUUCUACCUGGCCGAGAUGGUGAUGGCCAUCGACUCCAUCCACCGCCUGGGCUAUGUGCACAGAGACAUCAAACCCGACAACAUCCUGCUCGACCGCUGUGGGCACAUCCGCCUGGGGGACUUCGGCUCCUGCCUCAAGCUCCGGGAGGAUGGCACGAUCUGCUCGUCGGUGGCAGUGGGGACCCCCGAUUACCUGUCCCCCGAGAUCCUGCAGGCCGUGGAAGACGGGAGCCACUCGUACGGCACCGAGUGCGACUGGUGGUCCCUGGGCGUCUUUGCCUACGAGAUGUUCUUUGGGCACACGCCGUUCUUCGCCGACUCCAUUGUUGAGACCUACGGGAAGAUCAUCCACUUCAAGGAGCACUUCUGCUUCCCACUCUCGGCGCCGGAGGUGCCGGAUGAUGCCCGGGCCCUGAUCGAAGGGCUGCUCUGCCCCCGGGAGACGCGGCUGGGCCGGAACGGGGUGCGGGAUUUCCGGGAGCACCCCUUCUUCGCCGGCGUGGACUGGGAGGGGCUGCGGGCGUUCACCCCGCCUUUCGCCCCCGAGUUUGCCAACGCAACCGACACCUCCAAUUUCGACGUGGUGGAUGACUGCCUGACGGACAUGGUGAGCGGGGGCGGGGAGACGCUGUCGGACGUGCUGGAGAGCUCCCCGCUGGGCGUGCACCUGCCCUUCGUGGGCUUCUCCUACGCCAGCACCGACCUCAAACAGAAUGAGCCGGGGGACAGAGGACAGGAAAUCGCCAUGGAGCUGGAGUGUGACCGGGGCCCCGCUCCGCAGGACCAGCCCCCCAACCUGCCCCCUGGAGACCUGGUCUGCAAGGCGCCCGAUGGGCAGAAGCUGGAUCUCGCCGCCUUCCUGGAGCUGCAGGCGGCCUUCGAGUCGGAGCUGCACACGCGGGAGGGGCUGCGCCAGGAGCUGAGCAUGGUCAAGGUGGCCAACCAGACCUUCGCCAGCCGCCUGCAGGAGGCCGAGAGCCGCAACCUGGAACUGGAAGCUCAGAUCAAGCGAUUGGAGGCGCAAAUCGAGGGGAUGAAACGGCCCGGGGAGGAAGCUGCUGUGGGGCGGCCCCCCGGCUGGGCUGCCCCCUGGCCGUGCCGCACGGAGCACCCCACUGAUGCGGCACCAUGGCACUGCGACGCUGUGAAUACCCGCUUGUGGUACCUCUGUACCGCCACUUGCUGCUCUUUUCUAGGGUACCUAGGCCCUGCAUCACCAAGGCGGGAUACCUGCUCCUUUGUACCGGUGGCUUUGGGCUGGCAGCGCCCAGCCAGGACCUGGGGGAGCCAUCCUGAGCAAAGCCGGGCGCUCGCCCUGCUGCCCCCGCCCGCCAUCCCCGUCACUGCCCGGCCAGCACCGCGGGGGUGCCCGGCAGCCCUCCUCUCCGGGAGGCUUCACACCAGAGCUGGGGACGCCUGGGUGCCAGCACCCCAGGCCCACGGGCCCCUUCCCACCCGGAGCCAGGCUGUAUGGCUUGAGCCCCUCCUGCCAUCAGGGGACCAUCUCUCCAAUCCCCUCCUGGGCCUGCCCUGGCCCGGGGUGCAUCUGCUCCUGCCUGCCAGCCCUCUGGCCUCCCCACUGCGGACCCUGGCCAGCCCCCACUGUGUGGGACAGGCUGCCCCUGCCCUGCCUAGCCCCAGCGCCACUCCCUCCCACAGAGCCACCGCACGGCCUUGUUCGUCAGCUGGAGAAACUGAGGCAGAGCGAGAGGAAGAGAGGCACCUAAGGACGCACAGUGAAUCAGGGCCAGAACUGACAAAUGAACCCAGGAGUCCUGGCUCCCAGCCACCCCUCCCCCUGCUCUAACCACUACCCCCAACUCCCCUCCCAGAGC